AUGACACUCGUCAACAAUCUAAUCGAGCUCCUCUACAUAUCCGCCAGCAUGGGCGUCAACUCCUGGAGUGACCUCCUCGCUAUUGAAUUGAUUCAUCUGAGCGUUCUCAGCAAGAACGAUCUUCUUAGUGAGCUAGUCGAGUUGUUCCUCCUGCUCACCAUGCAGAAGCUGUUAGGUUUCUUAGAGUCACUAGGGGCUACCGCUAGUUGUUUUGAAGGCAACGCUUGUCCUAACCCUGAACAAAGUGAACCUGAGUCCGAUCCUGCUGAGCCUGCGGAUACUAACACUAAGGCUGACAUUGAUCGUGAUCCCAAGGCAGAAGCUACGCAAGCUGAUUUAGAAGCUGUCGUGAACGGCACGUCUACCUCUGACGCUGGCUCCAGAUUUGAAUCUGCAUCUGUGUUUGUGUUACUACCUGAACCUAAGCAUACUCCGGCAUCCAACCUUGAGCAUCAUCCUGUCUCAGGUUCUGACUUUGAGUCAGUCUCUUCGUCUACUUCUGAGCUUGUAGCCGAGAGCAAGCCUCAAGGCCUGGACGAGAGAGAAAGUCAGACCAAUCUCGAGCCUGAAUCCCAGAUUGAAGAUCCAUUGGUGGUCAAAGAAAAACAAGACGCACAAUGCCAGAUCGAAUCUGAAAAUGCUCUUAUGCUUGCGAAGGGUCUAAGGGUUGAGAGUCAAGAUCAACACGAAGAGUAUAUCUCGAGCGAGCAUCAGAUCAACAGCCAGCAAGGUCUCCUCGUUGAAUCCCAAAACCAAGACAGACAGAACCUGGUUAACUCUGAACCCGGGAGCAAUACCGACAUCAAGAGUGACGACCGUUACGGACAUCAAAUCCACAGCGGAGACCAGAAAGAAAGUCCACUGUUGGUAAACUACGAGGAUCAAGUCCACAAAGAACACAUCUCAGCUGGCUCUGAAUUGGCUCCUGUAUCCGGGUCUGAGUCUGAGCCUGAGGCGGGUUUUGACUCUGAUUCUGUAUCUUCACCCGCUCCUACACCUGAGCUUGUCGAGGAAGAUAAAACUAGUGUUACCAAACACCAAGGGCCCCAUUUAGGAGCAGCGACCGGACCGUUAAUCCUACAAGCGAAGCCUGGUGCACUUAUUCUCAGACAGAAUUCAGACCUACUGGGUCUACGAAUCACUGCCCCUCGUGCUCGUUCUCCUUCUCCCCUUCGCUCAUUCUCUCGCUCUGCGAUUGAAUGCUUGGGAAUACCAAUGCCGUCAGAAAUGCCUCGCCCUUCAACCUCAAACGUGCCAGAUUCAUUGGCUGAUAUACCGCCUGAGUACCUGCAGUUACCGUUUGUCGACGAACAUGUGAACAGCUCAGCCCCAAAAGGCAACAAGAACUGGCACUCGGUCGACCUCCCACACGAGCAGCUCACCGCCGCCAACCUCACUCGUGCUCAGGAUCUCUCGAAUUGUGAUCUGCGAGAGCCCGUUGUCUCGGACUGCUUUGAAAAGCGCUGGAUUAACGAUAAAAGCGGCUUUGGUUUGGUGGCCACAAAGCACAUUCCUGCUGGUACAGUUAUUAUUGCGGACGAGCUCAUGAUUUUGUGGUCAGGUGAGCACAAGAAGUGCAAGUCUUAUGGAGACACGAAUGCGAUGCUACAGGCGAAGGCGGCGAGAAUGGGGCCGGAGUGGAACAAUGAGUUCCUUUCACUCGCGAAAGGUCAGAAGAAGAAGGGCUUUGCGAUCAGAAAGCGCAGACUUGGUCUUGAAGGCGCAAUAUGGGACCAGCAUGCUUUGCCUACGGCGUGGGAGGGAAACGUCGGUGAGGUGCUUGGUUUGAACCUGGCUUGGUUGAAUCACUGCUGUAUUCCGAACUGUGUUCUGCGGUUCCGGAACGAGUAUCCCACGAACAAAAAGGGCGAGAUUUGCUACGACAAGAAGCCGAGAUUGGGAAAAGCGGUCGUCCGCGCUUGUGCAGACAUCAAGCCUAACGUGGAGAUCAGUAUCGCAUACAUGCAGACAGAAGGAACGGCCAGAGAAAGGCGAGCAGCUAUGAAUCGCCGCUUCGGCUUUCUAUGUGCGUGUCGGUUCUGCGCGACGCCGCAUCCUUCAGCCGACAAAGCCAUGUGUCACUACCGCCGCCUCAAGCGCCGAAUCGAGGACCCGAACAUCGUAUCUAAUAAACCGGCUAUCGCGUACCUGCAUGCGUCUAUGCUGCUCGACCAUCUCGCGGCAAUGCGCGUACAAGACUUCCGAGUUGCCGAUAUCUGGGUCAAAUGUGCUAUGAUUGCGGGUCACCACACUGAUUUGGCAAGAGCAUGGUGUUUUCUCAGGGAAGCGAGGGAGCUGUACCUCGUGCUCGAAGGACUUAACGGCGCUAUUUAUCAUCAGGUCGAAGGUUGGUAUCGUGACCCGACCAGUAUGCCAGGAUUUGGGGGUACAAGGCGAGGUUUGAGCUCUCGCAUGAAGGCGUUCACAGACUUCAACCAGGGCAUCAUGCCAAAGAAAAUGCUAUUCAUGCUGGAUGCGAAGCCUAACGAGUACAUCGCAGUCCCCCGUUAUCGUCCUCUUCCCCGCACUGAUAACGACAAGGGACCGUCCUAUGAAAUUAUCGAUGGGCCUGACUUUGCCCCGGCAGAGCUCAAGUUCGACUCCAAGAACCCUUCUGAUAUGUGCCGUACCCACGACAACUGUCAGACGCUUGUGGACCAUUUAGACCGCGUUCGUGAGAAGCGCAGGAACCGCGGACCUGCGCGAGAAAUGACAGAUGACCAUGAUUCGGAGCCUUAUUGUGACGGUUUCAAGCAAGACUUCCUGGCAGCGUUUAUGGCCGUGGCGAGGGAGCGCUUCGGGAAAGCCGCGGUAGAUGCUGAACUAGAAAAAGACCAUGAUAAUCCUGAAGAAUCGUUUAAUCAAGACGUUCAGGUGUUUACAUCUUGCGGAGAGACAUGUCCCAAGCCCGGUUGCACGCACCAGCAGUAUGAAGUCGAGCUUCAGAAUCCUUCAUGCGCCUGCGACAAGGAGCCCGGUGAAGAAGGCCAGCCCGAUAACAAGGAGAACGAGGAGUCUCAUAUUCAAGAACCGACCGUUGGAGCGCGGAACCCCGUAGUUAAGCACGUUGGAGCUGAAAAGAAACCGCAAUUUGUCAAUUUGGAUGAUUUUGCCUACUGCGAUGCAGGUGUUGAGUAUAACUGA